AUGGCAGAAGAACUUGACAUCCUCAUUCUGGGCGCUGGUAUCUCUGGCAUCAACGCGGCCUAUCGCGUUCGGACAGAGCUGCCACAGAGCAGCUUCGCCGUGCUGGAAGCUCGCGAUGUCGUCGGAGGCACGUGGUCCUACUGGAAAUAUCCCGGAUUCCGCUCCGACUCGAACAUGACCAACUUUGGAUUCGCGUGGCACCCGUGGCCCCACGACAAGAAGAUCAUCGAAGGCGCGCCGAUUGCAGAGUACAUUGAAGACGCGGUGAAGACGCACGGCAUCGACAACCACGUCCGUUACCGCCACAAAGUCAAGUCGUCUAGCUGGGACAGCGACGAGGCGCGGUGGACGGUCACCUGCGAGACUCCUGAGGGCAAGAAGCAGAUCAAGGCCAAGUACUUGUUCGUGUGUUCUGGCUACUACUCGUACGAGAAGGCCCUCGAGACGCACAUUCCUGGUAUCGACAACUUCCAGGGCAAAGUCAUCCACCCGCAAUGGUGGCCCGAAGACCUUGAUUACACCGGCAAGCGGGUUAUCAUCAUUGGCUCGGGCGCGACGACCAUGACUCUGUUCCCGAAUAUCGCAAAAACGGCUGGCUUCACCACGAUUCUUCAGCGCAGUCCGUCCUACGUGUUUGCCCUUGCAGCGGAAUCAGGCUUCGACAAGACACUGAAGAAGAUCCUCCCGCUAUUCCUUGCCAACUGGAUGAUUCUGUUGAAGGACCUCAUUCUCGAGACGUUCUUCAUUCAAUUCGUUCUCAACUUCCCCGAAGCGGCUAAGAGCUUCCUCAGAAUGGAUGCCAAGCGCCGGCUACCAAAGGGCUACCCUGUCGAUAUUCACUUCAAACCAGCGUACAACCCCUUUCAACAACGUCUCAACAUGUGUCCCGACGGCGAUGUCUUCAAGACGUUACACCAGCCCAAUACCGAGAUUGUGACGGACCAUAUCGACACCAUUACGGCGGAUGGCAUUCUCACAAAGUCGGGCCGCCACCUGCCUGCCGACAUUAUUAUUACUGCCACCGGCUUACAUGUACAGCUUUUCGGUGGCACGGAGGUGACGGUUGAUGGAGUUCCUGUCAAGGUUGGUGAAAAAUACAGCUGGCGUGGAUGCAUGCUUGACGGCGUGCCAAACGCGGCCGCCAUCAUUGGUUACGUCACACAAACCUGGACACCCGGCGCCGACACCGUCACACGACUCUUCAUCCGUGUCAUCAAACAGGCGCAAAAGGCCGGCGCCGUCUCAGCCACGCCGGUGUUGUCUGACGAGGAGAAGCGGAACAGCCCCAAGUUGCCAUGUGUGGAUGCCACGUCCAACUACUUCAAGAAGGCGCAUGGCCGGAUGCCUGUGGUGACGAACCAGGGCCCUUGGUACGGGAGGAAGAAUCUUAUUGUGGACAAGCUUGCGCUGUGGUUUGGAAGUGUGACGGUGGGCAUGGACUACCGCCUGGCCACCAAGUCCAAGGACAUUUAA